AUGUCUGGACACGCAAUAGCAGCCCCUCCAACGACGUUUGAAUUUGUCGUUGGAGAUCGGCCAGACCAGCUCAAAGCCGGGUCCAACCCAAAGCUACGGUCGCAUCUAUCCAAACGCGGCUGGCAGGUCUACUUGCUGCAGCACAACGACGAGGCUUCAUCAUCAUCAUCUUCUGCUUCCGCACCAGUUAAAAAAGUAGAUCAGCAGCGCGAGGACAGGGCUAAGCGAAAGAAGCGCAAGCGACUUCAGCAUACUGUCACUUGGGAACUCCCAGCACCUAAUGAUCCAGAAUCUCAAGGAACCUCCAAUAAUGCGCUGGUCCAGUCCUUGAUGCGGGCAAACGCCGCAAGAACCGCACAAACGAUGACGAUUGACUACCAGCUUGGAGGUGGACGGGUUGAUCCCUUCAGAUCGUACCCUGCGCCAUGGAAGCCGUAUAUACCCCAUUUGGUCGAUCACUACAUCGUCCACAUGGCCGUUGACAUCCCUGAGCUUGAUGAGCCUGGUGAAAAGGGUCUUCUUCGUAGCCGCUGGUUCCGUCUCGCGACAACAGAAAUAUCCACUUUCCAAGUCGUUCUACUGCUCUCUGCGGGUAACUAUAUCACAGUCAAGGGUGGCAUCGCCGCUGAGGCAGGAUUUGAAAUGGAGCAGCUCAGGUUCGAUGCGAUCAAGUCCAUCAACCAGGCUAUCGCUUCACCAUCUGCUUGCAGUGACUCCAUCAUCGGUGCAGUGGCCAAGAUGGCGAGCUUCGAAUCCAUGCACGGCGAUGAGAGGUACUUCAGACUUCACAUGGAUGCUACCAAGAGGAUGGUAACCAUGAGAGGCGGCCUAUACAACCUGGGCCUGGGAGGACUCUUGCGAAGAAUGCUUAUUUGGAUUGACUUGAACGGCGGCCAUCUAAUGAAUACGCCUCGAUGGUUCCCUGGACACAACUUCGCUGGCAGCGAAGAGGAGGAGGUGGAACCAAACCCGGAGCGUUUCAUUGCAAUCUAG